AUGGACAUCGCCGUGACAGCAGUGACUGGCACUACGUUGUUAAAUCAGGGAGUAGCUGUUGCCAAAAACGUCCUAAAUUCUCAAAAGACCCAAGAUGUUAUCGCAAACAUUGAAAAGAACCCCGUCCUGAAUCACCUCAUCCAGCUGGCAGACAAGCUUGUAGACAUUGGCAAAGCUGUUCCAUUCAUUGCGCCUGCCUUUGUCAUCUUGAAGAUCAUCAUUGAUGUAGAGCAAAGCGCCAGAGACGCAGAUGCAAAAUGCGAGGAUCUACUGGAACGUAUCAACUUCAUGGUCAGCAACAUCACGGUCCUUGAAAAGGUCAGGGUCAUCGAUCCGCUGAGGGCAGUGAUCGAAAAGAUGAACGACACCCUGAAGCAGGCCGCUUCACUGAUCCAGGCUUACCGCAAGCAAGGCGCUAUUGCCAGAAGACUCAAAAUGUCCAACAACCAGAGCUUUGUUCAAAUGGCUACGAAAAUCAGCGCCUGCUCGCAAGACCUGAUGCUCAGCCUGCAGAUCCAGCAGACAGGAGAUAUCUCUGUGCUUUCCAGAUCCGUUCCCAUGGAUUCUCAGGAUGAAGAGGCCAGAGAAUUCGUAUCAGCCCAUGGCGGCCAGGCCGCUAUCAAUAACAGCCCAGAGCUGAUCGAGGAAUUUGCAAAGAGGAUGCAGCUGAAAAUGAGUGAUCAAGUCAUGGAUCAGAUGCAGACGAGCAUGGAGGAUAUCUUGGAGGAGAAUCAAUCCCGCAUUGAGGCACUGCUCAAGGAGAAUUCAAGUAACACCAUUGCAGAAACCAUCAAAGCCUUGGCCGCAGAUGUGCGCGAGCAAGAAUCCGAACAGCGGCUCACUUGCGUCCAGUGUGACAAGGAGUACCGCGUAUCCGCCAACGGUUCAGAAGCAUGCUCAUUCCACAAGUCCUCACAGGUCUGCAAUACAUACUCGUGCUGUGGCAAGAAGGCACCCUGCACAUUCUCAAACCACCGAUCGGUCCAUCACUGCGAAUAUCCCUAUACCAACUUUUACGACUACGCGCACGCCAUUAUUGGUUUCACCGACACAACGACUGAAUGGGCCACGGUCAAGGAGAAGGACAUGCUGUCGAACGAGACUCAAAUGGCAACCGUUAGCAAACUUAUCCGCUGGCGCACGCGGCACGAAAAUAUCACCAAGCCCAUGAUGCUGAUCUAUACUGGUCGGAUUAACUUUGACACUCCCUACUAUCUUCAAGCCUUUGAUGCUGAGGACCUCAAAGCUGCCGAGGCCGCUGUCCGCGCUACUGGCAAGACGCUGAUCUUCAAGGCAAGCGAGGAUAAGAGCCAGUACUCUAUGGUAGAGUGGACUUUAAACGAUGAUGGAGUCAUUCAUGGCGUGAAACUAUCCGCCAAAGUGGCCACUAGUGACACUGCCACGGUUAAGGUCGUUCCAAUCGACAUUACAACUGUAUCCCUCAUGGGGGAGGUUCAGACAUUAUCAAAGGCGACGUUCAAGCUUUAUAAGCCCGCUGAGCCAUACAAGCUCCCAGAGAGUCGCCAUGUCGGCCAUAUCCUGAGGCCUACACCCCUACGCGAAGUACGCGAGUUCAAGGCCGAGUCCAGGUUGCCAUUGGUGGUGAUCCCGCAAGGCAGGAUGCUAGCCAACUCACGGGGCAACUAUGUGCGCAACAACGCCGACAAAUUCCAGGGCACGCUCCGCAUCUUCAACAAGGCCCCGCCAUCUAGCCAAACCUAUGUGACUUUGGCAUCUUGUAAGGCCGAAUAUCGGUUCGUGGGCGAGAAGGAAUACAAGGAUGUCGAGUCUUUAACUUUGGACGAUGUCAAGUUUCCGGUCGCGAUUGCGCCAACGCAGUCUGCUGAUAUACCCUUUGAGGCGAUUGUCCGCCGUAAUGCAGAGCAAGCAGCCCUGAUGCAGAACUGCUGGGACUGGGCCAUGGUUGCACUUCACCACCCCGUCCGCAUACGCAUCACUUUCAAGGAUAUCGAUGGCGAGGAAUGCGUUUUUGUCCAGGAGUACAUUCAUCGACCGCGAAAGAACAUGACCACCAAGAACGAGAAGGAUUUGCUGUUCCUGCACAUCGAUGAUAUCCUUGACGGCACCAGGAGUGUAGCCCGUGUCACAAAGGAGGAAGAAGAUUCUGACUAUGUCGUCAGCAUUAAUGAUUCAAGACUUGGGGUCGAGGACUUGAACAAGAUUGUAUACAAGGCUGAGCUGAGCGGCGAGACGGAGGUCAAUCUAGGAAUUGGACGGGAAACUGACAGCCACAAAUGGGAUGUUUGGGCUUUGAUUGAUCUGAGCUGUCGACGUGUCUAUGGAUUCAAGGUACUUGUGAUGGAGGGGUCAGGACGAUCCAAAAAGACGACAGCAUCCCUUGGAUAUGCACCAUGCCCGAUCUACGGGGGGACGGAUCUCGAGGAGAAAUCUAUUCAAUAUGCGGUAGAAAAAGCUGACUUUCCUGAACUGGAACUCCAGGAGCCGUUGGACGUGAUCGAGGAUGACGAUUUCGAUGAUAAAAAAGUUGUCGUCAAUGGCCAGGCAGCUGAAUCCGUCGUCGCCAUUGCCACUGCAGCCUCGUCUUCUGUCACAGCUGCUCUCUCCGAGGUCUCCAAAGCUACAAGUUCUCUGGACACUACGGUUUUUUCUAGCAGUAUGGCUUCGCUGGAAAAGCGGCUCGAGUCCCUGGACACAAAUGUCGCUCGCAUGGCAACCGCUCUUGAAAAAUUGGUUGAAAUCCUCAGCCCUUGA